AUGACCAGACCCCAGGAAGACCCCUUGAAAGAUUCCAGGAAGACUCAGAGGAGGGCCCUAGAAGGAUCCCCAGGAAGACCCAAGGAAGACCCCAGAGAAACCCUGAAAAAAAAAACAAAGGAAACACCUCCAGGAAGACGGCCAGGAAGACCCCAGGAAGGACCCAAGAAAAAAACAGGAAGACCCACCAGGAAGAACCCCAGGAAGACCCAGCAAGACCCCAGGAAAGACCCAAGGAAAUACCCAAGGAAAGACUCCAGAAAGACCCACAGAAAGACUAGUAGGACCCCAGGAAGAUCCCAGAGAGCUCCACCAGGAAGACCCCAGGAAGACCCCCAGGAAGACCCCCCCCCCCAGAAAGACCCAAAGAAGACCCCAGGAAGAUCAAGGAAGACCCCAGAAACCUCCACCAGAAAGAACCCAAAGAAGACCCAAGAAAGGCAGCCAGGAAGACCCCAGGAAUACCCCAAGGACACAGAAACACCCCAGCUAGGACCCAGCGAAAUCCCACAAGACCCAACAAACCCAACCUAG